AUGGACGUGGCCAGCCUCCACAACAUCCUGCUGCACACGUUCAGCAACGACGAGGCGGCGCGCAAAGCUGCCGAAGACGCUGUUGCAGGGCUGCACACGGUGCCGGGCUCGGUGCAGCUGCUCGUGCAGAUCACGGUCGAGGCCAGCGUGACGCGGGAGAUCCGCCAGGCCGCUGCCGUGUCGCUCAAGAACUUGGUCCACAAGUACUGGGAGGGCGCCGAUGGCCCGGACAGUCAGUGGGUGCAGGUCAUUAGUCCCGCAGACAAGGCACUUGGUCGCCAGAACGCCCUCGAGGCGCUUCUCGUCUCGCAGGACUCGAGCAUUCGCGCGCUCUUGGCCGAAACCGUCGCGCACAUUGCGCGUUUUGACUUCCCGGAGACGUGGCCGACAUUGAUUGACGACAUUUGCAAGAACGUGCAGAGCGGGGAAGCGAGCCGCAUCAUCAAUGCGCUCCUGGCGCUGCGUCGAGUGGUCAAGAACUUUGAGUACCGUGCCGAUGACCGUCUCGCGCCGCUUUUCCAGCUCGUGAAGGUGGUGUUCCCCAUGCUGCAGAACAUGAUGGUGCAGAUGCAGACCAACAACUCGAUCGAGGCGGCGCAGAUGAUGCACCUCAUCCUCAAGACCUAUUGGUCCUGCAUCAAGACGAGCUUGCCGCCAUACCUUGCGCAGACUGAGCUCGUGGUGGCGUGGAUGGACAUUUUCCGCGUGAUCAUUGCCAAGCCACUGCCGGAAGCAAGCGAGGGUGGCGAGCCGGCUGGACAGCCCAUUGACGAAGAAGAGCGCGGCAAGUGGACGUGGUGGGUACUGAAGAAGUGGGCGCUGCAGAUACUCUGCCGCUUUUAUACGCGCUACGGCAACCCGAAGAAAGCCGAAGAAGAGCACGUGCAAAUGAGCACUGUGUUCCGCAACCAGAUCGCGCCCGGCCUGCUGCCCUGCGUGCUGGAGACGCUUGCGCUGCGGAAAAGCGGACGAUUCUGCACGAACCGCGCAGUGCAGCUUGCGCUGGUGUUCAUGCAAGAGGCAGUGGACUCGGCUGUCACGUACAAGCUGAUCAAGCCGCACCUUGGUUUCUUGCUGUUCGAGGUCAUCCACCCAGUGCUGUGUUUGACGCCGAAGGAUCUGCAGCUAUGGGCAGAAGACCCGCACGAGUUUGUGCGCAAGACAAACGACGUGUUUGAGGACUUUCUCGACCCCGUGUACGCCGCGUCGAACUUGCUGGCGGACCUGUGCACCAAGCGCGGGAAAGACUGCUUGCCGAACGUGCUGACGUUCUACACCAACAUCUUGAACGCGUACAUUUCUGCUCCGGACGACAAGAAGAACUACAUCCAGAAGGACGCUGCUUUGCACGCCCUGUUUUCGCUGGACGGUGUGUUGACCAAGUCAAAGGCGCACAAGGACCAGGUCGAGUCCAUGAUUGUGACGCACAUUCUGCCCGAGUUUGCGAACCCGCACGGCUUCCUGCGCUUGCGCGCUUGCAAGGUCUUCUCGCGCAAGUACAUUGAAGGCAUUCGGUUCAAGGACGAGCAGACGUUGAUCCGCAUUGUCAACGGCAUGCUCGAUGCCAUGUUCGACCCAGAGCUGCCCGUGCGCAUCGAGGCCGCCAAGACGAUCCGUUUUGUCGUAAUGUACCCGCACUCGGAUACCGUUGUGGAAGUGCUUCGUCCGCGUCUGCCACAGAUCCUCGAGCAGUUUUUCAGCCUCAUGGACGAGAUAGGCAACGACGAGGUCGUUGUGGCCCUCGAGCACAUUAUCGACCGCUUCUCAUCGGAGAUCGGGCCGUUCUCGUUGCAGCUUGUGGCGAAGUUUGUCGAGUUUUUCGGACAGUUUACUGCUGUGGCUGAAGAAGACGAAGACGCUUCGCUUGCUGCAGUGUCGUGCCUUGACGCGAUCAACACGAUCCUCAUGAGCAUACACAACCACCCGGAGCUGUACGCUCUGAUGGUGCCAACGCUCGCGUCGGUCAUUCGCAAGAUCCUCACUGAUCUCGACUUUGUCGAGUACAUGGAAAGCGGCAUUGACAUCCUGGGCUCGCUAGCUUUCUACAGCCAGAAGAUCGCACCGCAGCUCUGGGACCUCUUUCCGCUUAUUUUCGCGAGCUUCAACGACUGGGCGUCGGAUUACUUGACGAACUUUGUGCCGGUCAUUGACAACUUUGUCGGUCGUGACAUUGACGGCUUUCUCUCGGGCUCGGUCGUGGAUCCAGCUACUGGCGCGAACGUGCGCUAUCUGGAGCUCGUGUACAACAUGGCCAAGACUGUCUUUGACGGCGAAAACGUGCAGGAGAUUGACUUGUGCGCUGCCUGCCGACUGCUGUACUCGCUGUUGCACAACCUCUUUGGCAAGGUGGACGAGUGCAUUCCACCCAUCACGCACAUGGUGUGCACGAAACUAGCAGAGCCGCUUGUGGACUCGACCGCACGCAACUUGCUGGGCGUGUUCAGCAGUCUGCUGCACUACAACUCGGCGCUCACGCUCGAUGCCCUCAACGCGCUCGGCGCUGCGGACGGCGUGUUGAAGAUCUGGUUGAGUGACUUGUCUCGAUACGACAACUACCUGGACCGCAAGUUGUUUGUGCUGGGCACCAUGUCGAUUCUUCGUGCUCCUGGCGACAAGAUUCCGACUGCGCUGCGUCCUCACAUCAAGCAGCUGAUCCAGGCUGCCAUGAAGGUGCUCGUCGAUGCCAUCCAGAACCCACCUGCCGGCAUCUUGGAAGAUGGAGAGGAGGCCGAGAGCGACGGUGAGAAAGGUGAGCAGCUCGAGGGGCUGCUAGAAAACGGUGGCUACGCCUCCGAUGAAGAUGCCGAGGACGUGGUGGAUGACCAGUACUACGCCAUACUGCGUCAGUUGCGUGAGGAAGCGGAGGGUCAGUUUAGCUAUGACGACGAAGGCGACGAUGACUACAUUAGUCUGCUCGACGAGGUGGACGAGGUCGAGUUCUUCCUGAGCUCGCUCCAGGGCUUUGCCCAAGCAUACGCUCCCGAGUACCAGGCGUUGGGACUUGAGGCGGACGCGACGACGCAACAGGCCCUCGUGCUCUUCCAGACGGAGCACGCCAAGAGAAAAGAGGCUCAGGCGGCGCAGAAAGCGCAGCAGCAGCAGUAG